GAAAAAAUCUCGUACAUCUCAACGGGUCAUCGCGAAACGUUGCACAACUAUCACAAUUUGGAACUACAACUUGGGAGAAACUCGUCCGCUACAACUUAUAAACGACGAUCAAAUGCAGCGGAACAACUAGAAGGGACAGAACACUCGGAGCUAUAUAGGCAAGAUAAAACGUGA